AUGUCACAAAUCAUUCUACCCGGAGACUCGCUCGCAGAAUUAACACAGCUGGAAAGCGCAGUCACAAUAGGCCCAGGUAUCUAUAAAUCGCCUCGGUCACAGAACAUCAUCCCGCUGCACGCUGGAAUCCUCAAAGAAGUCACAUUAAACAAGAAAACACAAGAGAAACUUAUAUAUGUAGACAGCAACUCCAAGAGAUAUAUCCCUCAAGCAAAUGAUCUCGUUAUUGGAAUCGUCAUUGGCACGUAUUCCGAUGCUUUUAAAGUCUCUCUUCAAGAAUUCUCGAUGCCAGUGCAACUCUCCAUGAUGGCCUUCCCUAAUGCCACCAAGAAGAAUAGACCAAAUAUCAAGGUCGGCCAGGCUGUUUACGCCCGUGUUUCGGAGGCUGUGCCGGAGGUCGCUACCGAGAUCGAAUGCAUAGAUCCCGAAACGGGGAAGGAUGGAGGAUUUGGUGCCCUCGACGAGGCUGGAUACCUCUUCGAUGUGAAUAUGAACUUUGCUCGUGAAUUGCUCUUCAACAAGAGCUCUGUGUUUUUGGAGAAGCUUGCAUCCAGAGCUGCGUUUGAAAUCGCAAUUGGAAUCAACGGAAAGGUGUGGAUCAAGUGUGGAGCAACGCCUGACCCUUCAAUUGCUAAGGAAGAAGACAAAGAAGAUGUGGAUAUGGAUAAGGACCUCACGGCUGCUCGUGUGAAUGACAUGAAAAUGACCCUUGCGGCUGCUAACUAUCUCAUUUCGUGCCAGUACAUCGAGGCUGCUGAGGCAGGCGAGGCUUUGAAGAAGGCGUUCAGAGGCACUACGAAAGCAUAA